CAAACACUUUGGAUAUUCUACUAGAAGAUAAUACGAAGUUUCCCAUCAAGUAUCAAAACAAACAAUAAAUUGCAAAAUGUAUGUCAUGUAAGAGCAUACUAUAAUAUUGUAUUAAGACAUAAAAAACUUUCUAUAUUGACUAUGCAUUAUAAGGAAUGCUGAAAACAAUUUAAAAUCUGUCUAAUGUCUUGCAUAUUCAUAGAAAUAUGUGUUAAUCUAUUUAUAAGUGUUAAUAUAGAAAUAUCGAGUUUGACAUUUUAAAUUGUACGAGUACAGAAACGAGUAUCAACGACAUAGUGAGAAUUUGGAGCUGUUGCGUAAAGACUACCUAUAGAUCAGUAAGAUAGUCCAUCAGGCAUGGCCCAGGGCUACAAAUAAGUGUCUAUAGUUAUGCGGAGUGUGCAGGUAAGUUGGCAGUAGGAGUAUAGUAGGCAGUGGAGAAGGGAUAGAAGGAGUAGGAGCAUACGGGAUCCGGGGCCUAAGUUACUCUUUUAUAAGUGUGGACGGGGCCUUCUUAUGCAGGUACAAAGAGGAAUACCUUUACACACCUGUGUCCCACUCUUGGAGCCCAAGGGGGAACCUGGGGUCACAUUCCAAGAUGGCUGUGCCUGAGGAAUGCAGUGGGUGCCCCCCUAAGACGCCUUCCUCCCUCCUUUUUUAUUAAUCAAUCCAAUUUAUUCGUUCUAUCGAAAACAAACCCCCAUUUUCUUGGGACCGCGUUACCUCAAGUUCGGGAGCGUUAACGCGCGCGGUUCAUCCACGUCUACUUAUUUGUGAAUCGAAUCGAAUAAUUCUGUGUGACUAUUGGCAAGAAGAUUGUAAGUCCUAGAAAGAAGGGCCUUACAUACCGAAGCUCCGGUCUUAUCUAAUGGACCCCCUCUGCCUCGGAUAAUGCCCACGCAAGAGGAUGCUACCGGCUCGUUUUAAACAAUGUCUCAUAGGGAUAUCUCUGAGGUGGAGCCCGAAGGUACGUCGGCCUUGGCUGCCGGAUCGCGGACCUUAUUCCUGGAGACGGUGCGACGGAGUAAUGCAGCAUGUCAGAAUGGAGAUUAUGCCUUGGCUGCAACACUCUACACCGAAGCGCUUGCUCUAGAUCCUCUCAGCCAUGUAUUAUAUUCAAAUAGAUCAGCGGCGCGUCUUAAAAUGGGAUUAUUUGCACUUGCACUACAGGACGCUGUGAGAGCUACUGAACUUAGUCUUCAAUGGCCAAAAGCGUAUUAUCGCCAGGGUGUCGCCCUACAAUGUUUGGGGCGUCAUGGAGAAGCCUUAGUUGCAUUCAGUGCUGGACUAGCUCGGGAUCCUUCCAACUGUCAACUAUUAUCUGGACUGGUGGAGGCUUCGUUAAAGUCCCCUUUACGACCGACAUUGGAACCGACUUUUCAGCAAUUGCGUGCGAUGAAGCUCGACGAAUCACCUUUCGUUGUUAUUUCCGUUGUCGGCCAAGAAUUACUCGGUGCAGGACAGUACAGGGCAGCAGCUGGUGUCUUGGAAGCUGCAUUGACUAUUGGCUCCUGCAGCUUAAAGCUUAGGGGUUCUGUAUUCUCAGCGCUAUCAAGUGCUUACUGGGCACUCAAUUCCUUGGAUAAAGCAAUAGGAUAUAUGCAACAAGAUCUGGGAGUGGCACGUUCCCUAGGAGACACCCAGGGCGAAUGCAGAGCUCAUGGAAACUUGGGAUCAGCGUAUUUCAGCAAAGGUAGCUUUAAGGAAGCUCUCACUGCUCACAGAUAUCAGCUUGUUCUCGCUAUGAAAUGCAAGGAUACCCAGGCUGCAGCAUCAGCUCUUACGAGUUUGGGCCAUGUAUACACGGCUAUUGGGGAUCUACCAAAUGCUCUGGCUUCACACAAACAAUGUGUACAGCUUGUGAAACAAAUGGGCGAUCGACUUCAGGAAGCUAGAGAGAUCGGAAACGUCGGCGCGGUGUACUUGGCUAUGGGAGAGUUUGAGAGCGCAGUGGAUUGUCAUACGCAACACUUGAGGAUAGCACGACGUCUUGGAGAUCGCGUAGAGGAGGCCAGGGCCUUCAGUAAUCUUGGAUCAUCGCAUCAUUAUCGAAGGAAUUUCGGUCAGGCUAUGGCGUAUCAUGAGAACGUCCUUCGAAUAGCUCAGGAACUUGGCGACAGAGCCAUAGAGACCAGAGCAUAUGCUGGGCUCGGUCAUGCGGCCAGAUGUGCAGGUAGAGACUGCGAUCUGGCCCAAGCGAAAUUGUGGCACCAGAGACAGCUCGACGUCGCCUUAGCCACCAAGGACAAAGUAGCUGAAGGACGCGCUUGCAGUAACUUGGGAAUCGUCUAUCAACUACUUGGAGAACACGACGCGGCUUUGAAGCUGCAUCAGGCACAUUUGGGCAUUGCCAGGACACUUGGGGACAGAGCUGGCAUGGGUAGAGCUUAUGGAAAUAUUGGAAAUGCUUAUAAUGCAUUGGGGUAUUACGAACAAGCUAUCAAAUAUCAUAAGCAAGAACUUACGAUAAGUAAAGAGGUAAAUGAUCGUAGUUCAGAGGCUAGUACUCAUGGAAAUUUGGCGGUAGCUUACCAGGCCGUUCAAGGUCACGAAGCUGCCCUGAGACAUUACAGGGCGCAUUUGGCUAUAGCCCGUGAACUUAAGGAUGCCGCUGGAGAGGCCUGUGCCCUUUUGAAUCUUGCCAACUGUCUUUCAUCUAGAGGAAGGUUCGAAGAGGCUGUACCAUAUUAUGAGAACUAUCUAAUGCUAUCCCAAGAGUUACAUGAUGUGGAAGGAGAAGCCAAGGCCUGCCAUUUUUUGGGCUAUGCUCAUUACUGUCUGGGCAAUCACCGAGAGGCAGUACGAUAUUACGAUCAAGAUCUGGCACUGGCGAAGGAUUUGCAGGACAAAUCCGGAAUGGGAAGAGCUUAUUGCAACCUGGGCCUCGCGCAUUUGGCUCUGGGUAACUUGGACACUGCUCUAGAAUGUCAGAAAUACUAUCUUGCAAUUGCUCAUAUGACUAAACAUCUAGCUGGGAAAUUUCGAGCUUUAGGAAAUAUCGGUGACUGUCUUAUCCGUCUGGGAGAAAUUGAAGAAGCAAUAAAGAUGCAUCAACGACAAUUGAACCUUGCACGUCAAGCAGCAGAUCGUAGUUUAGAAGCUGCGGCCUACGGAGCUCUUGGCAUUGCUCACAGAGUUACCAGAAAUCUGGACAAGGCUCUAGGAUUUCAUACGCAGGAGUUAACUUUGCGACAGGAAGCUGGCGACUUACGUGGAGAAUGCCGUGCUCAUGGCAAUUUGGGUGCUGUUCAUAUGGCACUAGGUCAGUACACGCAUGCGGUUAAGUGUUACCAGGAACAGUUGGAAAGAUCCCGAGAGUUGGCCGAUUCUGGAAUGGAAGCUCAGGCAUUAGGUAACCUUGGUAUAGCUAGACUAAAUAUGGCACAUUACGAGGAUGCAAUUGGAUAUUUCGAACAACAAUUGGCUACCUUGGAACCGUUGACUGCUGGCACAGCUUUACUUGAUAAGACUCGUGCUUUAGGAAACCUGGGUGACUGUUACGAGGCUUUAGGAGAUCCCGAGGAAGCUAUUAAAUGCCAUGAACAACAGCUAACGGCAGCUACUAGAUUAAGAAGUGUGAGAGAUCAAGAAAGAGCUUACAGAGGACUUGGCAGAGCUCGUGAAGCAUCUGGGAACUUACAGCAGGCACUCGUGUGUUUCGAGAAGAGGUUGGUGGCAGCUCAUGAAGUUGACAGUCCUGAAGCUCGUGGUGCGGCAUACGGUGACUUAGGUAGAAUACAUGCAGCUUUGGGUAAUCACGAACAGGCCGUGAGCUGCUUGUCGCAUCAAUUGGCUUUGGCUAGAGGUUUAGGAGAUAAGGCUGCAGAAGCAGAGGCUGCUAGCGGCCUCGGUGCUGUACAUCUACUUAUGGAUGAUCCCAAUUCAGCUUUACGACAUCAUCAGCUGGAACUUUCAAUUGCAGAAGGUUUGGAUGCUGCUGGCUUACAAGCCAGAGCUUGUGCAAAUUUAGGUGCUACUCAAGAAGCUUUGGGACAACUCGAGGAAGCUAUCAGACUGCAGGAACAGUCAUUGAGUCUUGCAGCUGCUGCUGGUGAUCAGCCAGCAAGGGCUGCAGCUUUCUCCAGCCUUGGUCGCCUUCAUCAUCUCUGUGGCGAUUUGGCGCGCGCUCUUAGCUACCUGCAGUCUGGCCUGUCACUUUCUGAAGGUUUGGGAAGACGUGAAGAAGCAGCACGACUCCGACACCGAUUGGGUUUAGUGCACUGGGAAGCUGGAGAAACAACAACGUCAGUCGAGCAGCUUGAAAAGGCCGCGAACCUCCUAGAAUCUUUGGAUGGAUCAUCAUCACUCAUCUGUGGCCAACCAAGUAGAUCAGACUUACUCUCUGACACAUACAGAAUGUUACAGAAAGUUCUUGUAAGUCUCAAUAGGGCUGAAGAGGCAUUAAAUUGGGCGGAACGGUCCAGAAGAUCCAGAAGUAACAAUCUCGAGGAUGCCACGCAUUACUCAGAGAUUAUAGACCGUCAACGAGGUAUAAUUUUGUACUAUAGUGAGGCCGGUAGCGAGUUGCACGCAUGGUGCUUAGCUCCAGGUCGUGGUCUUCUCAGAUUCCACUCAAUGACUCUAGACGACGGUGUGAAUCUUGAAAAAAGGGUGUCUGAAGCACGUGAGGCACUAUUGGGAGAGUCCAACGAACUCGUCGAGGAAUCCACGAAGAUGCCGUCCAGGGGUCAUCGCCUAAAUGCGAGUUCUUACAGCUUAAGUAGUCUAUUCAGUGUAGGAUCCGUUAGUUCUCGGGCAGGAAGUGCUCGUUGGGGUCGCGGAGUGAAAGGACCAGUAUGGCAAGCGCCACAACCAAUGCAAUUUCUUUACGACGUUCUUCUUGCUCCUUUUGAAGAUCUCUUACCACCUGCCAGAAAGGAACUGAUUCUAGUAGUAGAAAAAUCAUUAUACCUUGCACCACUUCCUGCACUGCAGUCCAGUCCUGGGGAGGAUUAUCUAUGCGAAAGGUUCUCCUUGCUCGUAGUACCAUCUUUAGCAGCCUUGAAGAAGAGAUCCAGGACGCCAAUGCCGGAAGGUGGUGCAACAGUAGCUGCGCUGGUUGCAGGAAAUCCCAUCCUACCUGAGGAAGCCAGAGAAGAGCAUGCAUGGCCCGAUAGUGUCCCGUCUGCAGAAACUGAAGCUGGUAUUGUUGCUGAACUACUGGAGUCGCGUCCCCUCAUUGGCUUAGAGGCAACGAGAUCAGCUGUAUUAAGAUCCCUACCAGACGCAGAAUGCGUACACCUCACGACGCCAGUUCUUUGGAACUCAGCGAGUUUGGCACUGACUGCAGAUCAAUGCGAGGAACCAACGGAGAGACCAGAGUACCUGUUAAACUGUACAGAUAUCUUAAGACUGAGACUGACUGCUCGUUUGGUCGUUAUAUCCAGUGGCCACUGCUGGAAUUCUACGGAUAACAAUAAUACAGGCAUUACGUCUGAUGGAGUGCAACAUCUUGCCAAGACAUUAUUAAACGCGGGCGCUCAGUGUGUCCUUAUUGGAAUGUGGCCAGUCCCACCUACUGCAGGUAGCAUACUGCUACGAGCAUUCUACAGUGCUAUGCUACAAGGUGCUAGAGCCUCUAGAGCAUUAGCUGAAGCAAUGCAGACUGUUCAACACACUAGACACUUCGCUCACCCAGCAAACUGGGCUGGAUGGUUACUCCUUGGUGGCGAUGCAAGACUAUCGAAUAAGGUUGCUCUCAUGGGUCAAGCACUGGCAGAAUUGUUGCGCAGCGGUCCAGAACAAAGUCGGGAUGCAUUGCGAGUUACGUUGCAUCUCGUUGAGAAAUCGUUGCAGAGAAUCCAUCGUGGUCAAAAGAAUGCAAUGUAUACGACUCAACGUAGUAUAGAGAAUAAAGUUGGUACAGCUGCUGGUUGGAAAGAAUUGCUUAUGUCAGUAGGAUUUAGAUUUGAGCCUGCUGGCAAUGGUAUUCCCUCUUCUGUAUUCUUUCCACAAAGUGAUCCUGAAGAAAGGCUGACCAGAUGCAGUGCUAGUUUACAAGCAUUGUUGGGAUUAGGUGCUUCUUCUUUGCAUGCUCUCGUUAGACUUUUGCAGGUACCGGAGGCCGCCGAAGAUGUUAUUUCCGCUAUGCGUCGAGCCAGCUGUGCCACGGAAGGUCAAGAGGUUACGCUACCAGUUCGUGUCUGGAGAGCUGCAGGAUCUCAUGAAUUGUUUGCUAGUUUAGGAUUUGACCUCAUGGAAGUUGGACAAUCAGAAGUGACACUACGAACUGGAAAGCAAGCAUCACGACGAGCCGUGCAAUUUGCUCUUCAGGCGCUCCUCGCGCUGUUUGAUACGCAGGAAGCACCCAAGAGUCUAAGUUUGGAUUGCAGCAGUUCUAUGGAAAGUCUGGCCUCCGUUACUCCCACCGAGACACAUUUACCUGAACGUCCAAGACUAGGAGGUGCAUUUGCAAGCUAUGUACGACAUCGCGGUGAACCAGAUGGCAAAACAACAGAACCACCGAACAUUCCCAUAUCGCGACAAAUUUCUCAAAACGGUGGAGGAGAAUCCGAUGCAGCCUUUACACCAAGUCCUCCGAUAGCACUAAACCUAAAUCACCAAACGCGAAUAAGGAAUCUCUACCCUGAUCAAAGUACCAGACCGGGUUCAAGUUCUAGCAGUUCAGCCACGGAUUGGGACAAUGGACAUGCGACAGUACUACGAAGACAACCACUGCCACCGUUGCCAGCCACAGUUUUAGAAAGGCUCAGUGUCAGGACGGAAAUUGGACCCAAUUCACCGAGGAAACCGCGUCAUCCUACAUCCAACGAAGACAUAAGUCCACAGACGGAAACUUCGCAAUCUACUGAGGCCCAUCCUCACAAUCUAAGAAAUUUGGCGACCUCCCUGACAAGCCUGACGCGUGAAUUAACACCUACAAUUUCUGAAGUGUACCAUGAGAGAAACCUUGGACUUGGUUUAGCACCCUCCCUUUCAAAACUUCUGGAAGAAGUCGGCUCCGUCACGGAAAAUGAUCCGAAUCAGAUAACUAGACCAGGUCAUAGUCAAACGCAGAAUUGGUUGCAAAAUGAGCCAGAAUUAUGUCGACGCGAUGAAGCUGAUGGUAGAUCUAUUGCUGAAUCGCAGUGUAGUGCUACAAGCUCGAACAAAAUACACAGAAAGGCACCGCCGCCGCCAGUAUAGAUUAUUUAUGACAUACUCGUGUAGUUGGAUUGUGAGAUCAGUUACAGUGAGGAUCCAACUUGUUUAUGCCUUACAAUUUGAAAGAUUCACCUGAAUAUAGAAAUGAUUUCGCGUUCGAACCGUAGGUGCAAGCUAAGAGUAUUAAUGCGGAAAACAGUACUGGGUACCAAAGAGAACACUAGAUAAGGUAGGCAGAUCUAAAAAACAAAGAGGAAUAUGGAGAAGGAUGUGGGACAGGAUCGCCCAGUGAAUAUUUAAGCUAAGUCUGAUUUAGAAGAAAAAUAGAGAUGCUUCAUGUUAACGUGUUUGUUGGGAAGCACUUGCAUUGAGAAAUACCUUGGGCAGUAGAGUAAAGAAAAUUACUUGAAUUGAUACCCAAUACUAUAUUUCUAUACUCUUAAAAGUGAACUAUGUACUAUAUUACCCCAUAAGUAAAGUAUGUGUAAGAUAUUGUAUUAUGUAUGAUGAAUUCAAAAUAAAAAAAUCGUACAUCGCACGUCUACAUAA